AUGCAAAAACCCAUUUAAACUAAGAUAGUCACUUUAGGUGAUUAUGCUGUGGGCAAAAGUAGUUUGAUUCAAAGAUUUACUAAAAAUGACUUUACUGAUACAAGAACUUAGACUGUGGGUGCUGAGUUUUCUCCUAAAUAACUUUUAAGAGAUGGUAGAUUAAUAGAAUUAUAGAUUUGGGAUACUGCAGGUUAAGAAGUUUAUAGGAGCAUAGCUAACCUUUAUUAUAAGGAUGCACAUAUUGCUAUUAUUGUAUAUGAUGUAACAAAACCUAAAUCUUUUGAAGUGCUUAAAUUUUGGAUGGAAAAGUUAAUUGAGGAAGGAUUGGCAGACAUUACCAAAUUCAUUAUAGCAAACAAAAUUGAUUUAGAAUCAUAGGUACCAAUGGAGGAAGUUAGACAAUAUGCUAAUUCGCUUGAUCCGAAAAUUGAGGUAUUUGAAACUAGUUGCAAGCAGAAUAUUGGUGUUUUCGAAUUAUUCAAUCACAUAGCCGAUAUAGUUAAUGAAAAAGAAAAAUUAUAAUAAUUAAAUAAAAGAGAGGAGAAAUCCAAUAUCAAAAUUGGAGGUUCUGAAAAUAAGAAUGAUAUUGUAAAUUCAUGCUGUUGA